ACGACAGUUGUCCUUUGGAACAGUUGAUGAGAAAGAGGAUUUUUUUUUUCCCUGCAGUAAUAUGAGCGCGCUCGCCUUUAUUCGGCGAGAGCAGGCGGCCUGGCAGGAAUUUUCACUCUCGCAAUAGCUUGGGGAAGUAGGGCAGCGUUGUUGUUUCUCAAAGCAUUUAAAUAUAUAUUUCGGUCGGAAUGAUUGACAUAGAUUUAUGUAAAGCCUUAAAAAAAAUUUUGUUUCCGUAUCCCCCUUCCCCAGUCCCUUUCCUUCUUCAAAAGGAUUGGGAAAUUAAGGUGACUUAAAUAAAGAUGUUCUUGCUUGCUGGUGCCCGGAUUUGGACGGAAGGGCAUGUUCUUUUACAUAAUAACAGUGGAUUGCAAUAGAACAAAGGCCAUUGAAAAUUCAGACUGCUUUUGGUUCAGGGGAAAAGGAAGUUAGUUCAAGGACGUUGGAGCUCUUGCGAAUAUAUUUGUUGACUUUUGAAAUUUGUUCACUCAAACGAGAGGUGGUGCCAAUACGGUGAUAGCAUACCUCAAGCAUUUUUUGAGACCUACCGGAUAAUCUAGAAGUCCAACCGGCUCUGGCGGGCCAGACCUGAUUUCAGAUAAGAGGAACAGAAUUUUUGGUAUUUUCCCUCUGGUGGUUCCCUUACAUAAGCUUGCUUUUUUUUUUUUUUUACAAAAAUGAUUCAUUAGGAGGGGCAAGAAACUUGACUCAACCCUCUAACCCCUACCCCCAAAAAAGACUCAUGUUUAGAGGGGAAUUUUCAAUGUUUGCCAAACACGGUUUCAUUUUUUUUUUUUUUUUUAAUGUUAAUACGUGUUUUUCGUACAGCUUCUGGAUUGGAUGUCUUGAUUAAAAGGGCUUUUUCUUUCGACUUCGUGUUUUACAUUUGUUUGUAACAGGGCGCCUGUCGGUCACUCACCCACUCUCCGUGGAGUGGUGGCGAGCAGCGGCGGCACCCACUCAGUUUCCACCCGUCACAGUUUUCAGGAGCAGCAGAUCUGUUCGUGUCCUCCGUGGGUGGGUACCUUUCCUGGUGGAGAUCCAGCUGGAAGAGCUGGCGGCUGCCCCGGCAACACCUCCAUUGGAAAGGAUUCUGAAAGAAAUGAAGAAAACCAUCAGAAAUGAAGUCAGUAGCCUCAUGGCCUUCUGUUGACUGGACUGGAUUCUUAUUGCUCUUCUUUGCAACGACACUUUACAGAAUGUCUGCUGAGGUCAUCCAUCAGGUUGAAGAGGCACUUGAUGAAGAUGAGAAGGAGAUGCUUCUUUAUUUGUGUCGGGAUGUUGCUGAAGAUGUAGCUCCACUUACUGUCAGGGACCUUUUGGAUAUUUUAAGUGAGAAAGGAAAGCUGUCUGCCAUGGGCUUAGCUGAGCUGCUCUACAGAGUGAGGCGGUUUGACUUGCUCAAGAGGAUCUUGAAGAUGGACAAAAUGGCAGUGGAGGCCCACCUACUCAGGCACCCUCAUCUUGUUUCGGACUACAGGGUGCUGAUGACCGAGAUUGGUGAAGAUUUGGAUAAAUCUGAUAUGUCCUCAUUAAUUUUUCUCAUGAGGGAUUAUAUGGGUCGAGGCAAGAUAGCCAAGGAUAAGAGUUUCUUGGAUCUUGUGAUGGAAUUGGAGAAACUAAAUCUGGUUGCUCCAGAUCAACUGGAUUUAUUAGAAAAAUGCCUAAAGAACAUCCACAGGAUAGACCUGAAGACAAAAAUCCAGAAAUACAAGCAAUCUGCUCAAGGAGCGGGAACAAGUUAUAUAAACGCUCACAAGGCAUCUCUCUCAAACUUGAGUUUUAAGGAUACUUCAUAUAACUUAAGGCUCCAGAAUGGGAGAAGUAAAGAACAAAGACUCAUGGUGAAACAACUUGACAUUCAAAGAGAACCAGAGAAAACAUCCAUUCAAGAAUCGGGAGCAUUUUUGCCUCAGCACAUACCAGAAGAGAGAUACAGGAUGCAGAGCAAGCCCUUAGGAAUCUGCCUGAUAAUUGAUUGCAUCGGCAAUGACACAGAGAUUCUUCGGGACACCUUUGCUUCACUGGGCUAUGACGUCCAGUGUUUCUCAUAUCAGAGUAUGAACAAUAUAAUUCAGAUUCUUCGCAAAGUUGCCUGUAUGCCUCAACACCAAGACUACGACAGCUUCGUGUGUGUCCUGGUGAGCCGAGGGAACUCCGAGAGCGUGUUUGGUGUGGAUCAGACUCGCUCAGGUUUCCCUUUGGAUCACAUCAGGAGGAUGUUCAUGGGAGAUGCAUGCCCUUCUCUCUUAGGAAAGCCAAAGCUAUUUUUUAUUCAGAACUAUGUGGUGUUAGAGAGCCACCUGGAAGACUGUAGUACCCUGGAGGUAGAUGGGCCAGCAGUGAAGAAUGUGGAAUCCAAGCCAAGGCAACUUGGACCCUGCCUGGUUCAUCGAGAAGCUGACUUCCUCUGGAGCCUGUGCAAAGCAGAUGUGUCUCUGCUGGAGCGACCCUCCAGCUUACCAUCCCAGUAUCUCAAGUGCCUCUCCCAGAAACUAGGGCAAGGAAGAAGACGCCCACUUCUGGAACUCCAUAUUGAACUCAACAGCAGCGUGUAUGAUUGGAACAGCAGAGUGUCUGCUAAGGAGAAGUACUAUGUCUGGCUGCAGCACACUCUGAGAAAGAAACUCAUCCUCUCUUGCACGUGAAAAGCCAACGGCCCUUUUUAGCCGUGCAGUCUAUAUCCCUAGCUAUAGAGCACUUCUCAAGCCAGAGUGUAUAUGUGUGAUGUGAGUGAAGUGAGGUCAUGGCUUGUGCUGUCGUGACACUGUGAGGAAUGCUUGACAGGAAGGAGUAUUUUACUAUAGCUUCUGAGGUGAAGAUAUUGGCCACUAUUGCUGAAAUAGCUUCCAAGGUCAGUGUUGGGAAGAAAAUUUAAAUUGUAAAUUUAAAAACCGAGUACUGGUUGAAUUUGGCAUCUCAAGAUGAUGGUGCUGACCUUUUACCCCACCUGUGUCCAUCUUCAUUUUGAUCCUUCUCCAAGGAGCUGGUAUAUAACUUAGAGGGGCAGGGCAGGUGCCCAGGCCUAGCUCCAAGCAAGGGGAUCAGAGUACACAAUUACAGCCAGGAGCCAGAGUCCUUACCAUACGCUGCUGACAGAAUCCAGAAAUGCAGUCUUCAUCGUGCUUCUAAUCCAGCAAAUGUUCCUUUAUCAACUUUCUUGAGAAAAAGUGAGGCUUUCUCACCUCUGCACCUGCUCAACACUCAGUUCACUCACGCAAAUCUGAUGAUGGCCAGGCACAGAAGUGACCAGAAUUUAUUUCUAAGAAGGAAAAUACAUAAUCCGCUCAUUUACUUAUGCCCUACUUUAAAAAAUUAUUUAUUUGCUUAUAUAUAUAUAUAUAUAUUUUUUUUUAAAUUGUUUUUAAGUGGAGUAUGACUGUGUAUAUGUGUGUGUUUUGCCGUGACUACUGAACGAAAGCUGCAAAGUAUGAAAGGAACAGUUUCAGACCAUUUAACAAUGAUUAUUUCUACUUUCAGAGUUAUUCUACACUCUUUGUUUUAAUGAGCACAGGACUCCUGAGGGAAUUUAACUUUGAGUUUAACAUUGCUGAGGGGUGUCAGCAGGAGUAAUGUUAUGUGCUCGGCUCCAUGAACCUAACCCUGUGUUCAAUAUUAUAGAGGGAAACCGAGGAGGAUGUUAGUGACGUGGCAGCUUUGGCAUGCCUCUCUGUCCCAUCCAGACGAGGUGACAAACAUUUUCCAUUUAUUCUGUUUCUUCUCAUUAACUGAAAUAACCACAUUGCCUUUACUUUUGAGAUAGAAUCACUGCUACUUCUGUAAGUAAAAUUGCCUCAAAAUUCAAUGUAUCAGAUGUAUGAAAUUCAAUGUAAAAUGUAUGACAUUUUCUUUGAGUUACAAAAAAUUGCAAGCAUAAAACAAGAACAUGGUAUUUAUGUUACUUUUUAG